AUGUGCAAAACGUCGCCGGGGACGUGCCAUCGCUCCAGCGUCCUGAAGCAGCUGGAGACCUGGGCGCAAUUCCCGCACCGUGCCCAGCUCCUUUUUGUGGAGCAGCUGGCGCUGGAGCUCUCUGAGCAGUUGGAUGUGGCAGGCGAUGCCUCGUCCAGGUGCCGCGCAAUUUCAGACCACAAUGCGCAUCCGCAGCCGUCAGCAUUUCCGCAUGAUGCCUUGCUGUACGAGCAGCCGCCGAGUUGCAAGAAAUUGUGUUUGCGCCGUUUCUCACUUUUUCCUGCUUCAGCUGAGCUAAAGCGCAAGAGCUGGGGCUCCGAUUCCACCCGGUCGGGCUCAUCGGAAGAUUCCUUGGAAGAGCAGCCGCCGAAUCACAAAGAGAAUCCGCAGCAGCCAGCAUUGCCGCAUGCUGCCUUGGUGGGCACUGCCGCGGAGACUGGUGAGUCACUGAAAAUUUCUCCUCUGACGACGCCGACAAAUGCAAGCUCUGGUCUGCAGCCGCUUGAGUUUAUUCUGAGGCCCCGGGAGAAUGUCCGUGAACUGCCAGCCUUUCUGGAUGUCUUUGGCCCCUUCGAGCUUCCAGAGCAUGUGUUGCUCAAUCUCUUGCCGUACCUUUCUGUGGAUGACCUCAUGGAGUGGCGGGUGACUUCCCGCCAGACCAGAAGUCCCAGAGUCUUGAUACAGCACCUGUCCGAAAUGGGCAGGUUGGCCAGGUCCCACUCAAUCGUUGAGUUUUCGGCACAAUGGAAGCGCGGUACUCAAGAUCCCGACGCCUUUGACGACGAAACGGCAGAGGAUGGCAGGCAACGGAAGUUGUUCGAGUGUCGCUGGUGGUGCAUGAGGCUGGCGUGCGCGGACAAGACUCAUUUCCCGGAAAGUGACGUCAACGACAUCGUCAGCGCGAACCUUCGAGCUCUCUUGGUGCACUGCCGUGACGGGGAUGUUUCUGUGAGGACACAUGCGCACCAUCUUCUUGGCAACUAUGGGUUUGGCGGCCUGCCUUUUGUGAAGCAGAUGAUCGCCGAAUCCAUGCUUGAGCAAAUGGAAGACCUGUUGCCAGAGUCUGCCGAAAUCAGCAAAGAGGCCUUGGAGCAGGUAAUGCAGUGUGGAAAGCAUCUUACCCGCAUUCUGCGCGCACUGACGAAGCCUCAGCGUCAGAAGUGGGUGUCCCUGUUGGUCAGAGCCCUCCAAAGUGAGGAGUCAUUUCAGGCCCAAUUCCAGGAGACCCUGUUUUCUGACCUGAAGCUCCUGUGGCGAGUUGACGACGAUCCCAGACGAACCUAUGCAGAAGCAGACCAGCAACUGAAGGCUUUCUCAAAGCAUGCCAACAAAGAAUUGCGGGGAGAGAUUUGGAGGCUGAGAAACUGCUGA